GGCAGUUCAACUAACCUGGAAGGUCCUGAAAGGUGUCCUUUUUCCUGCACAUGACUCACUCUCCUGACUCCAGAAGUCGCACGUCACUGUCAUUCGUGUUCUCUGCUUUUGAACAGCUACUACAAGCCCUUGCCGUCGAAGGUCACACGGUAAUCCUUUCGUAUAAAGCUCGCUGGUACUCGCGUGUACUGAUAGAAGCGCCUUUGCGGUUAUGUUAAACAAGGCCUAACGGUUUUACGAUAGGCGGUAUCUAUCAGGGUGUCACAUCAGCAGAAACUUUACCAACCGAAGCCCCUUUCUUAGGAAUAAGCGUAUUCCACGCCGAUGCAUAUCACCAUGUACUAUCUGCGUCUAGGAGAAUAUGUUGAUCGGUAGACGAUUAUGGCUGAGCAACAAGCGGCAGCAUCGGCGCGCGGAGGAGCACAAAUUGUGCCUGGAGCACAGUGCAGGUCUGCUACCGCUGGCCAGAUACUUUUCGAGGACUUCGUAAAGCUGCUCGAAAAGAUUGUCCACACGCCACAGCGGAAUGGCAAGAAGGUCAGGCUCGCUCCUUCUUUGAAGACCCGCCAUAAGUCAGCUGCAAGUCAAGCGUUGACCGACGUCGCAAACCAGGAAACGAACCGCUUCCCCUCCCUCCUAUCCCUCGACUCCUUCACACCAUAUCCCUCUCUCCUACCUCCCUCCCUGAAGCAUGCCAUCCCAUCCUGCCCUCACCUGCCACCCUCGCCCGAUCGGGUAGUUAGCUGUUGCCCCUUCGCCACAUCACCCCGCCUGUUCCUUCCCUCCCAAGGUCCGCGUGUUGCAGCGCUUCUGCGACCAGUUCGUGCCCCGGCGGGACGGCAACGACCUCUUCCACUUUUACCGCCUGCUGCUUCCGAGCCCACUGAUUGAGAAGGAGCGCGGUAACUACCAACUGAAGGAGGCCAAGCUGGCUGCCGUACUCGCCGCCGCGCUGGGUGCCUCCCCGGGGGACACGGAGCGCGCCAAGCAGUGGCGGGCGCUGGGCACGGCGGCCAGCAGCGGUGUGUUUCAUGAGGUCAUGUACGAGGUGUUGUUCCGCAAGUACCUGCGGCCUGACCCCGGGUCGGCGGGGCCGGCACUAACCCUGGAGGAGGUCAACUCCCAGCUGGACGAGCUGGCGGGCGCUGCGGGGGACGUCGUACGGCAGCAGGGUGUGCUGCGGGGUCUGCUGCAGCGCUGCUCGCCGGGGGCGGCCAAGUGGCUGGUGCUGGUGGUGAUGAGGGACAUGAAGGUGGG